AUGCCUCUGAAUUUCGUGAAAUCCAAUCGCGGGAAGCCCCUCCUGUGUGAUGAAGGGUAUGUUUAUCGCAAAGAUCGUACUAUCAACGAGAGAACUCACUGGCGUUGCACGGUCAAAACCUGCUUUGCUCGGGUCAAGACCGAAAACGACUCGAUCGUGGGCAAACCCGAGCACAGCCAUAUGCCUGACCCUGAGAACAUUCAUGUUCGCCAGAACUUGAAUCAAUUGCACGAAAGUGCUCAGCGAGAAUCGUGGUCAAGACCCAUGGCCCUGAUCUCGGAAAAUUUGAAAGCCAUCACUUCGAAGGCGGUCAUGGGCCGAAUGCCGAGCACUGAGCUUCUGCGACAAAAAGUGACAGAAAAAGGGGAGAAUUUUCUGUUCUACGAUUCAGGCGAGACUGAAGCUGACCGGAUUCUUGUCUUCGCGACACCUGAGAACUUGAACCUCCUCAAGAAAUACGAUGAGUGGUUUGUCGACGGUACAUUUGAUGUGUGCCCGAAGCUCUUCGACCAGCUGUAUACUUUUCACGUAGGACUGCCCGAAAAGAAGUCGGUACCAGUCAUGUAUUGUCUGCUGCCCUCGAAGACUUCGGCGACCUACCGUCGACUUCUGGAUGUGGUCGCGAGCGCACUGGACGGCUCCCUUCCGCGGCGAGUCCAUGUCGACUUCGAGAUCGGCAUGAUAAAAGAAUUGGAAAGAGCGUUCCCUGGAGCGGAAAUAUUGGGGUGCAUGUUCCAUUUCCAUCAAUGCUUAUGGCGGAGGAUCCAAAGAGACGCCGAUCUUCGACGGAGAUACACAGCGGAUUUGGACUUUGCCUUGAAUGUUCGUAUGUUUCCGGCUCUAUCCUUCGUACCGACGAGCGACGUAUUGGCCGUCUUCAACACCCUCCUGCAGUCGAAAUUCGUCAAGGAAAACAAUUACAUUCUGACUGCUUUUAUAAAUUACUUCGAGAGCACGUGGGUUGGACGCGAACGCAACGCACCUCUCAUGAAACAUGAGUGGUGGAAUACGCACAAUUCCGUUCUGAAUGGAAUUGCACGGACAAAUAACACCGUCGAAUCGUGGCAUUCAGCAUUCUCCAAGAGAGCGGGUGGUUCCAAUCCCCACGUCCUCAAGUUCGUAGAAGUUCUGAUGACUGAGCAAGCUCGAACAGAGUUCAUUGUAACUAAUCUCCUCGCCCAGGGGCCGAGAGCGCCCAGGAAGCGAUACCGGGAUCGCGACGGCAGACUCCGCGCUCUUGUUUGCAAGUACGUCGAUUGGAAUAAGCUUGAUUAUCUCGAGGCCGUAGCGCACAAUAUCACCUUCUAA